CGGCGGCGUCAGAGCGAGGCAUUUUCCGUGCAGUGGGCACAAAAACGAACGCCUGCCAGAAGAGAUCGAUGUGAAACAUUCUCUUUUAUUGGGUGGCUGCCCAGACCUUCUGCUGCAACAGUAAAUCCAAUUGGUUGCUUCCUCCUACCAUGCGCAGCUUCAUGUGGGAAAUGCCCUUUUUAUCUACAAUGGCUGACUGCGCCGUGCCGCACUGUCAGUGCCUGGGGAGCCCCUCUCCAGCGAGUUGCUGAAAAGUGCCUUUCCUGAAGCCACCGCUGCUUGGAUUUCUGUCUAGGGCUGCCUCUCUCUUCCCCCUUUUGCCCCCCUUUCUUUUUAAUUUGGCGUUGCUUGCAGUUCAUACCCUGACGGCAACUCAUCCAUCCUCUUCCUUUUUGUUUUUUGCUCCCCAUUUACACACAGUUUGCUCAGCCAUUUUUCUUCCCCGAGUAUGUAGCAAAUAUUUUAAAAAAGGAAAAAAAAAUCUAACAUCCUUCUGCUUGUUUUGAUGCUCGUGGACCGUAAUUUUUAGAAGCAAGAAAAAGAAGGAAAAAAAAAAAAAGUUUUCCCCCUAAGGACCGAGACCAUUCCACAAACUGAAGUGCUGCCAGCAGCAUAUGCUUUUUGCAAGAAUAAUUGAAACCAUUAACUGGAGAGCACAGAAUUCUUUUGAAAGUCUGCCAGUUAUUUUCAAGUAACUUAGGCAGUGGCACAAAAUAUAACACUUAUAUUUUAACUUCUACAAUUGCACUUUUAGGAGCUGGCCUCUAAUUUGAUUUUCAGUUAUUCUGAUAAGAUUUCUAUUUUAUGAUUGGCUUUAUGUUUAAUUCUUGUUUAAACAAACACGAUUUGACUUAAAUGAAAACCUAAGUGCUGAUGAAUAGGAGUUCUACCAAAGCAACAAGUUAGUUAUUUCUUCACGUUUAACUUGAAUUCACUUUUUUACCCUUUUUUUAAAAAAAAAGAAAAAAAAGAUCAGCAGUGAAUAUUGCCCUAAAGAAGGGUGUGAUUGCUUGCGUUUUAAUUUUUGUUUUUAAUAUGGCUGUAAACGUUUCCCUGGUUCGUGAUACAAAAUGGCUGACAUUAGAAGUGUGUCGAGAGUUUCAGAGAGGUACUUGUUCUCGGUCUGACGCAGAGUGCAAGUUCGCCCACCCGUCGCGGAGUUGCCAUGUGGAAAAUGGUCGAGUUAUUGCCUGCUUUGACUCCCUAAAGGGCCGGUGUACCCGAGAGAACUGCAAAUAUCUCCACCCUCCCCCACACUUAAAAACGCAACUCGAAAUAAAUGGACGCAACAACCUGAUCCAGCAAAAGACGGCCGCAGCCAUGUUUGCUCAGCAAAUGCAGUUCAUGCUACCGGGCGCGCAGCUACAGCCAAUUACAACGUUUCCUGUGACUCCAUCGCUUGCAACAAGCCCCACGAUGGCUUUUAGUCCCUACCUGAGUCAUGUCUCUCCUGGGAUGGGCUUGGUUCCUGCAGAGCUUUUACCAAAUACUCCUGUCCUGGUUUCUGGAAAUCCUACUGUUACAGUACCAGGAGGCUCUGCUGGGCAGAAACUGAUGCGUACGGAUAAACUGGAGGUUUGUCGAGAGUUUCAGCGUGGAAAUUGCACACGUGGUGAGAAUGAUUGCCGUUAUGCUCACCCUAUAGAUAUUGCAAUGAUAGACACAAAUGAAAAUACUGUUACAGUUUGCAUGGAUUACAUCAAAGGUCGAUGCUCUAGGGAGAAAUGCAAGUACUUUCAUCCCCCUGCACACCUGCAAGCCAAAAUCAAGGCAGCUCAACACCAGGUGAACCAGACAGCUGCAGCUGCAAUGGCCCUGCCGCCUGGUGCACUUCAACCUUUACCAAAGAGGCCAGCACUUGAAAAAAACAAUGGUGCCACCACAGUCUUUAACCCAAGCGUUUUCCACUACCAACAGGCUCUAGCCAACAUGCAGUUGCAACAGCCUACGUUCAUCCCUACAGGGUCAGUUCUGUGCAUGACACCCACUGCAAGCGUUGUGCCCAUGAUGCACGGUGCUACGCCCACCACUGUGUCUGCAGCAACAACUCCUGCCACCAGCGUCCCCUUCGCUGCAACAGCUACCGCCAAUCAGAUAUCCCAGUUAUCAGUAGAUGAACUGAGUAGCAGCAUGUUUGUUUCACAGAUGUAGAAGUUCCUGAUAGAACACAGACCAUGUUGAAAUUCUGAACCGUAAAAUUAUGGAGCACCAGGACUUCUUGGUGGGAAGCUGCGCAUGGCCUUUCUGUAUAUAUUCCCUCUUCCCUUCUAUCGUUCUCUACCACCUCUACAGUAAGCCUGUUGCAGCCUACAUGUUAACCAAAAACUGAUCAAUGGGAAUGUCAAAAAAAAAAAAGGAAAAAAAGAAAAAAAAAGAAAAAAAAAAGCACUAUAGAAACAAUUAACAAACAGCGCUCUGUUAUAUGAGAUAUACAAGUAGAAAAUUAUAAUAGACUUUUAUAACACAUUACUUUAACACACUUAAUCAUUUUAUGACUACCAUCCUGAUAAGUGCAUCUGCACAGCGGACUGUUGGUUUACUGUAUACUAUCGAUGGAUAAAUGUUUGUCUUGUUUUUAAAGUGUUAUCUUACUGUUUUGUUUACAUCAUAGUCUAUUGAUUUGUUUUAAAGUGUACAUCAUUAUCAAGUAUACUCAAUACCAUUUUUUCAUUAUUGUUAUGUCUUAAGUUUUCAUAUACUGUAGGUUUUAUGGGGUUUUGUUUGUUUUUUACUAAAAAUGUUAUUGUGGGAAACAGGAAUUAUGUGCUUGAAAAACACGACGCAGGAAUGUUCUGCCCUUUUCUGGAUUUUGCAGUUAAUGUCAGCUAGAGUUGCUUGUGUUAAAUGCUCCUUUUAUCAUGGAAAAUUUGCCUUCAAGCAGAGUCUCCAGAUUUUUAGUACAAACAAUAUGAAAGGACAGCUGUCAUUUUAGUCCAGUUCAGGGUAUUUCUUUAAAUACAGCGAGCUCAUUCUGGAAACUGAAGAAAAACACAAAAGCCCAAUCUCAGUAAGGGGAUAGGAAAGAUUUGCUCAGAUUAUGGUAAGCAUCAAGGAAUUUCUGCAGUUCUGUUGUACGUUGAAGUGCAUUCUCAGCUGCAAACGGCGCACAAUCUUUCUUGCUGUUUUCAUGGUGCAGUGAAAAAAAACCACAUGGAUAAGUGAGAUGGCUUCAGUUGGGCAAAGAUGCAUUUGCAUUGGAGAGAAACAAAUGCCAACUGUUAGCCAUAAAACAUGUAGCUGGAGCAGGCCCAUAAUCAUGACAUAGCCCAAGCUGGGUAAUACCGUGAAGACUGGGCUUGUCUUCUCUAAGCAUGCUGAAACAUUUCCGCCUGAAAUCUGUGGCUCUUUGAAAUUUUGUCAGCAUGCACCAAUUCUUUAGUCACCAUUGUUCAUGAUUCGGUGAUUUUUCCCAAGAUCUCUGGCCCUUUAAAGCAAACACAGCGGUAACAAACCAGAAAAAAA